AUGGAGGUCUGCAUACUCUUCCUUUACGUUAUGAUACUUCUCCCAGGUAUUGCUGCCAGUGUGCAUCAGGUGAAGUCAUUUCUCAACCACACUGCAUACUUAUCUUGCUAUUUUCCAAACUCUCAGAAAACUGACGUCAAGGAUUUAAGAGUUUUUUGGCAAAAAGGUGCGGUCGAAGUGGUGCACGAAGUAAAUUACGGCCAAGAAAAACAUGAUAACCUCAGUCCUAAGUACGUAAACCGCACCAAGAUGGACAUGGACAGGUGGACCUUGCAAUUGUUAAACGCAGGAAUUGUGGACGAGGGACAGUAUAAAUGUAUUAUCCAGCAGAGAGAUAAAGGAUCGCCGAAGGUCAUACACACAUCCGAGUGCUUACUGCACAUCAUUGCCAACUAUAGCCAACCCGAGAUAGCAUGGCUGCACGCUGGGGAACUAAAGCCCAACGAAUACUUGAAUCUUUCCUGUUCUUCCAGCGGAGGUUAUCCAGAGCCCAAGCAGAUGACUUGGCUAAUCUCACAUGAGAACACAACACACACGCUCACGCAUCACAUGGACAUCUCACAGGAUGCUGUAACAAAGCUGUACAGUGUUACUACCAAGCUGAACAUAACAGUUCCUACAAACACCCUCACUAACAUCAGCUGCUUGCUCCACCUUGGAGAGCAGCUGGGGAGCCUUGUCUCAGUGCCACUGGGCAUAGAGAUACCGGGGGAACAAAUGGAGCAAGAGAAGAUAAAUUUCCUUGGCCCACUUAUAGUUGUAAUUAUACUGAUCGUGUUUCUUCUGGGUUUUGUGAUAUUGAAGAAGAACAGAAAUACCUCACCUACCAACCAGAGUGUCAGUCUAGCAGUCUAG